UCGAGAACUGUCGAGAGGAGAUGUUUGGGCUGUGCGUGGUGUGGGGGCUGGCGGAAGCGUGGUGGGCUGGGCGGUUAUGGCUGCAUGAUCGCGUUCAACGCGUUAGCGGCGAUGCUGGCACGCGUGUCUCCCCAGUUGCACCCAUGGUGCCGCAAGUUGACCGAAAGCAGUACCGCAUCGUGAGGCUCAAGAAUGAUCUCCGAGUUCUUCUGGUCCAAGACGAGCCCGUGGAAGCGUGUGGUCCUCAUCGCCUCCAAGGAUGUGAGAGCGCCACGGAAUCCAGCGCUGAAGAUGACACAACUGAUGCCGAGGACAGCAGUGACGAGGAUGAAGGAGACGAUGACGUUGCCGAGCGCCAUGCCGCGGUCGCCCUGUCCAUCGCCGCAGGCUCUUUUGAAGACCCACCAGAGGCACCAGGCCUUGCCCACUUCCUCGAACACAUGGUGUUUAUGGGGUCGAGCAAGUAUCCAGAAGAGGACGCCCUGGAAGACUUCUUGCAGAGCCACAGCGGCUACUCCAACGCACAUACGGAGGCGGAGCAGACUUGCUUCUACUUUGACAUCGAUCCGCCACACCUCUCCAAGGCCCUCGAUAUCUUUGCCCAGUUCUUUGUCGAUCCCCUCCUCUUGGCCGACGCUGUUGAUCGUGAGCGGCAGGCUGUGGACAGCGAGUUCAAACUUGCGCUGCAGGAUGACUACAGCCGCACGCAGCAAGUCGUGUUCGCGCACGCCAGGAAAGAUUCCGUGUUGGCGCACUUUACGUGGGGGAAUGAUGAAUCCCUGAAGGACCUCCCAAAGAAGGCUGGCAAAGACAUCCGCAAGUUGCUGUUUGACUUCCACGCAAAGCACUACAAUGCGGAGAACAUGUGUGCCGUUGUCCGCGGUCCACAGUCCCUGGAUGAGCUGCAAGCGAUGGCAGAGGCGUCGCUGUCCGCAAUUCCGCGCGGCCGAGGUCCUCUGCGCAACGACGGGACAACCUUUCCGGCGACUUGGGAGCACGCGUGGAACACAGCAGAUUUCCACCAGCUCUUCUUUGUUGCCCCAAUCAAGGACGACCACGAGCUCUUUCUCAUCUGGAACUUUGAAUCGCUGUUUGAGACAUGGCGUGUCAAGCCGAUGAUGUACGUGUCUGAGCUUGUUGGCCACGAGGGAAAAGGAUCCAUUCUCCACCGCCUGCAAGAGUUGCGGUGGUGCACUGGACUCACGGCGGGAAAUUCCGGCGAUGGCGCCGAGGCGUCGAGCAGACACUGCUUCUUCCAGAUUGUGCUGACGCUCACGGAUGAGGGCCUGCGCCACGUGCGAGAGAUUGUGAUGAUCGUGAUGCAAUACCUGACAAUGAUCCGGACAGCCGGUCCACAGCGCCACUUCUUCGACGAGUGCAAGCAAAUCUCCGAGAACCACUUCAGGUUCCAGCAAGACAGCGAAUCGAUUGACUUUGUUGAGGGCGCGGCGUGCGAGAUGCCGUAUUAUCCGGACGCCAACAUUUUCAACGGCGACGUCGUCAUCAUGGACUACGACGCAGACACCAUCACUAAACUCAUCGGGCGGCUGACGUUUGGGAACAUGCUGGCUGUGGUGUCGAGCAAGAGUGUUGCGGACAUGUGUACGCUGGAGGAGCGGUGGUUUGGCACAAAGUACGCCAAGCAGUCGUUCCCGCCCGAUUGGACGGAUGAAGCCCUCGCUAUCGAGGCCGGAGACACGCCCUGCCCUGCAUUCCUGCACAUGCCGCCUCCAAACCCUUUUGUUGCCUCCGACUUUGAGUUUAAGGAGAAGACGGACGCCAACAAGGAGCCCGUUGUCAUCUUCUCCACCAAGGACAUUGAGUGCUGGCAUCUGCACGACAACACGCAUCACGUGCCACGAACCGGCAUAAUGGUGCAGUUGUGCAAUUCGGUCAUGACCGAAACGGCGCGCGGCCGCAUCGCAGGACAGCUCCUCGUCACCAUUCUUCGCCGUGAACUCAAGGAGGAGCUGUACCAGGCAGAGAUUGCGGACCUCGAGUACGACAUUCGCAGCGACGAGCUUGGGAUUUCGUUCUCCGUCACGGGCUACUCGAGCAAAGUCGACCUCGUGUUCCGCAUUCUUUGCUCUCGCAUUUUCCACCUCACGUUUGAUGCUGGCGUGUUUGCAAUGUCAAAGGAGAAGCUGCUUCGCUCGCUGUACAAUCAAUCCCUCGACCCAUCCAACGUCGCCAGGGAGCUUCGGCUGACGUGUCUGUGCCCCCGCAUCUUUGAGAUUGAGGACAUGUACACCGCUCUCAAGAGCAUGUCAUUAAAGGACAUGCAAUCGCUGUAUUCGCAGCUCAUGCGCGCAAACAGGGCGGUGCUCUAUGUCCAUGGCAACGCAACGAAGGAGGACGCAAUGUCCGCCCUCAGCGAGUUGCAGCAGCGCCGGCCGUCCACGCCGUAUUCCCAGUUUUCCGAGCAGCACGUGCUCAAGCUGACGCCAGGAUUUCUGUUGUGCCGGGCGGAGAACAGGAACGAGCAGGAUGUGAACAAUGCGCUACAGAUGUACUUUCAGGUACAGGAAACAGACAAGCGCGCACAGGCCACUCACCGCCUCCUCUCCAACAUGGUUGAAGAGCCGUUCUUUCAGGACCUUCGGACGAGACAGCAGCUGGGCUACUCUGUGAGUCUCUCGAAGCGAAACACGUACAACAAACCCGGAUUUGUCGCAGAGCUCUCCUCCCCGAGCGACAAGUUCUCAACCAACACGAUGAUUGAGCGUGUGGAAGCGUUUCUGAGCCGUUUCGGAAAGAAACUCCGCAAGAUGUCCAGCCGCGAUUUCGAAGACCACAAGGAGAGUCUGCGCCAUGCACUGCUGGCGCCCGAUGCCAACCAGGACCGCCGCAUCAGCAAGUUUUGGUUCUCAAUUCGCGCACGCAUUUUCACGUUUUCCCACAGCGUCGAAGCCGAACAUCUCAAGACCAUCACCAAGAAAGAGGUGGUUGACAUGUACAUGCGCUACCUCCACCCGUCCAGCAAAGAGCGCGCAGUGCUCGUCAUCGCCGUCAACAGCACGCAGGAAACAGUUGUGCCGCUGGAGAAGACGCACGACAGCGUGACGUCGAAGCAGCUGCGAGAGCGCGGGGAGUAUGCGGUGUGGCCUGCACCUGAUGCUCCAGUCUGCAAGCCCGCCAACGGCACGAACAAGAAGGCCCCAAAUCAGAAGCAGCAGCAGAAGAAGCAGCAGGAGCAGAAGAAGAAGAAGAAGAAACAGCAGCAGCAGCAACAGCAACAGCGCAAGCACAAGGGUAAGAAGACCAAGAACAAGUAGGCCAGCCCAACAUUCUGUUUGACGAGUUGGUUGAUGGUUUGGUUUGCUCAACUGUCUCGGUUGUUUUGUUCGUUUGUUGGUUUGUUUGUUCGAUAGAUUCUUUGUUGGUUUGGUUGUUGGUUGUGUUGCCACUCUGUUUCUCUUCCCCUUCCCUUGAGACGUUCGUGUUCGCACCAAGUAGACAUGCCUACUCCUCUUCCUUUUGACGACUUUCUCAUGGAUACGGAGUCACAAC